AUGAAUCAAUCCCCUGAGAUUCCCGAUUUCAACUUUGCAGACCCACCAAAUGCUGGCGAACCCCCCCGGUCGGCAACUACAACAACAACUACAGUAGAUGGCAGGGCUCCCGAGAAAACCAUCUCGUGCGUCUCAUGUCGCAAAAGGAAGCUGAAAUGCGAUCGCAUCAAGCCAAAAUGCGGUACCUGCUUGAGGUUGCGACACGAGUGCGAAUACCCUGAACGAAGAAAGAAUCUGGCAUCGAAGAGACGCAAUAUGAAGGAACUAGAGGCAAGACUAGCGGAGGUAGAGACGAAACUGGUGUCUGACAAGGAGAAAGCUUCAAAUGCAGAAGCACCGGCUACUGCAGGCGCGGAUAGUCUUGAGGCUGAUUGGAAUGCUUCAGGAUUGGGAUUGGAUAUGAAUAUCAACAUGGACGAUCCCAAACUUCUUGAUCCUUCUUUUGAAGGAAUUCAGAACACGGAUCAGUUUCUUCCUCUUGACGACAAUUUCCCCUCCCAGGAGCUUAUAGAACUAGGGCUUGAAGAACCUCUGCCUCCACAAGAUAUGAUCGAUGAACUGAAUCGGAUAUACUUCGCCAAAUUCCAUCCUACUAUGCCGAUGAUACAUAUAUUUCGAUACUAUGCAUCUUUAGAUAGGGCACCACAAGCAAGACCCCCUGUCUGUCUGAGGUAUGCCAUCUGGGCACUCGCUGCCUGUUUAUCCGACAAAUACACAUCGAUAGAAGAGGUUCUGUACGAACGUGCGAGACGGUAUAUCCAAGCGGCAGAGAUGAAGGGCCAUGGUGAACAAUUUCUUUCGAUGUACCACGCGCAGACUUGGUCUUUGAUUGCCUUCUUCGAGGCAAUGAAGACGUACUUCACUCGGUCAUGGAUGAGUACUGGGAGGGCAGUCCGCUUAGUACAAAUGCUGGGGCUCUAUAAACUUGAUGCCGACGGCUCUGAAGUCAAGCAGUUUCUACCGCCUGCACGCGAUUGGAUUGAAUUGGAAGAACGUCGCCGUACUUUUUGGGCUGCGUUUUAUGGGGAUCGCUGGGCAAGCUCGGGAACGGGAUGGCCGAUGCUCAUCAACGAAUCAGAAAUUAUGACAAAUCUGCCCUCUUCUGAGGAAUCUUUCGAGCGAGGGGUGCCUCAUGAAAGCGUUUCCCUGGCCGAAGCGCUAACACCUGAAGGCGCUGGAGCCAUAUCUCCUUUUGGCGGUGUGAUUCUGUCUGCUGCGUUGUACGGGAAGAAUUUUUCGCACCUCCAUCGAACCGGGCCAAACGAGAAUCCCGGAGACCUUGCCAAUGGCGAAUUCUGGAAACGACAUCGAAAGAUGGAUAAUGUUCUUUCCAAUACUUUCAUGUUCUUGCCCGACCAUUUGAGACUACCAGCUGGCCUCAGGGAUAUGAGCAUCGUUUUUAUUCACUUGAACCUACAUUCCUCUUCCAUAUGCCUUCAUCAAGCAGCAAUUGUUACCGCGUCAAAAUACAAGCUUGACUCCCACAUCACACGCCUCAGUCACGCUCGCUGCCUGAUGGCCGCUGAGGAGAUCACGAAUAUUAUGAGGCUCAUCUGUCACGUGGAUGUGUCAACUCUGAACUCGUGGGUAGGUUUCUGUCUCUACGUCGCCGCCGGGGUAUUUCUCAAGGAUAUGAAAUCCGAGAAACCGGGACCACAGAGCAUGGUCAACAUCGACUUUCUUCUUGCUGCAUUGAGAGCUGUUGGAAAAAAGCACCCCAUUACCAGACACUUCUCAGUUCAACUUGAACUAGACAUUGAGGGGGCGGGCUUAAAGGGACCGAGGCCCAAGCUCCAAAAUGAUAUUCCGAAUAUACCCAUCAACGGGCUGCUAGCAGAACGCAACGGGGUUCCUAUGACUGUCGACAAUCUGAAUUCUUUUGCUGCAUUGGACAACAGUUGUACCAUGUUCGACAUACAAAACGGGCCUCGUGACCCCCCUUCUACGUUCAACAUCGGUGGCAAGGCUCGCACGGAUAGUCACUCAAGUCUAGCAAACAGCCCCAACAUUCGGCCUGCUGCUGUAAACACCACUGGCUCAUUAACAAACGGAGUUCCGACUCCCAUUGAUGCUCCUUAUGAUUCGAGCCCUGAAUAUGAAUCUUUCUCCCGUGGGAGGACGUAUACAUUUCCUCACCGCCAGGCAGAACCUACCGCCAAACCUGCUGGCGUUGGGACCUUCACAGACUUGGCGAUUGAGGGCAAGGUUACGGAUACCUUUUCAUUCAUGGAUCCGGCUCACAUUAGUACUCCUAGUGAAUGGACGUCGCUACGGGAUGUUUACGGUGAACCUGAGGGGAUAGAUAUGUUCUUGCAGACUAGCGAGUGGGAUAUGAGUGGGAAUCUUCUCGAUCCUAAUGCCAAUCGGUAA